AUGGUAAUGCUGAAUUCCCCGAAUGACGCGUUCGACGAAUGGGGAGUCGGUGGCCGUGAAGGGCAGGCAAAGAUCCGUGUGCAGGGAUUUGACAUGCGCGAGAUACUUCUUGAUAUCCACGGCAAGAUUGCAUCUUUGGAUGCUGGCAGUAUUGGCGGACAUCCCGAUUUGCUGCUAACGUCCAUCCCAAGUGACCGUAACCGCGAGGUCGAACGUUCAGUCAAUUCCGCAGAUACUGCUGCGUGCACGUCAGCCACGCAGGAUUUGUCUGAAUCCUCCCAACCUUCAUCAGCCUCUCCAUGUCCUCCGACAAUUCGGCUUCUUCGUCUCUUCAUUGCAAUUGGUGGCGUAAUAGAAACAUCGAUGCGGUUUCCCUUCCACGGUCGUAUUCCUUAUGCGGUAUCGACUCAAGAGCUUCGUGGCGCGUAG